AUGCUCCGCAGCGAUCACCAACAGGCCGACCCCGAUGCGGAGUUUGUCAUGCCAGAACCGUCGAUGCACCACGUUCCGCACUCACAGCUCUGGCGGUGCGUGCUCGAGCUUCCUCUGAACGGCCGCUGCCACGGUGAAGACGCGGCGGAAAAGGAGGUGUUCGCCAUUGGGCAGUCAAAGAAGGCCAAAGUAGCGCGAGCGUUGUGCUUCAUGCAUGCAGAGCAGCUCCUGGAUCAUUACAUGAGCAUCAGAAAGACACCAUUGUCGUCACGGACAGGCGUCUUCCCAGCCCCUCCUCCCCUGGAAGAGAGAGCGCUGCCUCCUCGGCCCAAAACUCCGAAACCCCAUGACUAUCGCUUGUGGGAUGAGUACGUGGACGCGAGUUCUGCAUACGUGCAGGCCGUCGCCGCCCACGUGAAGCAGGAGGCCUGCACGCGCGAGGAAGUGCCGCGAAGUGGCCACCCCGUCGCGGACCGCGCGACAGAGCUGCUACGCCGUCACCCGAAACGCUACUGCCGCCCGACGGCGUUGCAUGAUCUGAACGGGAGCAUCCGCGAUGCCUCGACCUUGAUGAAGGUGGCGCAUCUCGACGGGACGGUUUUUGUGGCGACCCUCACACUUGAUCCUCAAACAGGUCUGGCGGCGACAGGAGUGGCAAAGAACACGAAGACAGCGAAGCGACAGUGCGCCGCCCACGCGCUCUGCAUUCUGCGGCUGCUGCAGGAGGAUGCAGAGGGGCGACAGGGGGCGGAUGGCACAGGACGUUCGCGACGUAGAGGCGCACAAAAGGGCACCCGGAGCAAGAAGGAUGUCUCUCACCACCCGAGUGCCCCGCUAGAGUCGAUCCUGCAGCAGAUGCAGCCGGCCUAUCGCAAGUUGGUUCAGUACCAUCAUCUGCUGUUCGGCAAGGCCAGCCUGACGCCGCAAACGACAUUCACGAAGGAAUCAAGCACGACGAGCGGCAGCACCAGCACUACCAUAUAUCGUUGCCACCUAACUCUCAACGGCCUCAGUUGCGACGGCACUGGCAUCAACCGCUUCGAGGCCGAGCGCGCCGCGAUGGAGGCCGCGAUGACAGACCUGAUGCUGUACGAUAAACGAAUUCAGGCGGUGCAGGCGUUUGUGAAUGCGCAUCCGUCUAUCUCACCCGAGUCCAUCCCGUCCGCGGCGCUGCCCGCAGAGCUGGUGGCUGAGCUGCAGACCCAGCUAUGGCCAGUGACAGAGCAACAGGCAGCCGCAGCAGCCAAUGCAGCUACAGAGAGCGCAACAGAGAGGAGGGGGUCCGAUGACGGAUCUGACUCUGCAGACGACUGCAGUGACCGAGCGCGCGGCAUGAAUGAGCGGACCCUGUUGCAUCUCAGCGAGCGCGCCUUUGCCACGGAUGCGUCGUAUGCUGCGCAGAUGUUGCACGACAUGCUCGACCUCCGUCGAGACCCUGUCUACCUCGCCCAGUUCCAUCCCCGUCGCUCCACGCUGGCGAUGGCGGCGGUGAAGGCUCAGGUGCUGGACGCCGUUCAGCGCCACCGUGUCGCUGUCGUGUGCGGCACCACAGGGUGCGGCAAGACAACGCAGGUGCCGCAGUACAUCUUGGAUUACGAGAUCGAGCACGGCCGUGGCGGAUCUUGCAACAUCCUUGUCACGCAACCCCGUCGACUGAGCGCCUUCAGCGUUGCCGAGCGCAUCGCGCAGGAGCGUCUCAGCACGGUGGGGAAGGAUGUCGGGUACGCGGUUCGGCUGGACUCACGUCCAGGGCGACACAUCACAGUUUGCACAACAGGUGUGCUGCUGCAGAUCUUCUCCACCCACCCCGACCUGGAGCACGUCUCACACCUCAUCAUCGACGAAGUGCACGAGCGUGACAUCAACUGUGAUGUUAUUCUUGCUCUCGUGAAGCAGCUGCUGACACGAAACCCUCGCCUUCGCGUGGUGCUUAUGAGUGCGACGAUGCAAGCCGACGUGUUCGCCCGCUACUUCGGCGCGGACACGCCCGUGGUGCAGGUAGAGGGGGCAGUGUACCCGGUGACAAUCCACUACCUGGAGGACAUCGCCUCUGAGGCAGCAACUGCACAAUUUUACUCGCCCGCCUUCGACGCCGUGUCGUCUGGGGAGCAGGGGCAGCAGGAAAAGACGCCGACGAAGUCCGUCACGCUGGCGAAGUCACCGACAACCGCAUCGCGACGCGUCAACAGGCGCAAGUUUCUCAAGACCGACUACAACCUCGUCGCCUACCUUGUCCACCGCGCGGUGCAGGUUGACCUUCAGAAUAACACGGAGGGAAAGUCAAUCCUGGUGUUUCUUCCUGGGUGGAAGGAGCUGACGUCUGCGAUGGCUGCGAUCAAGGAGUACCACGGGCCGUACGCGCUUCCCGCCGCGGACAGCCUCUUUCACAUCAUUCUCCUUCAUUCCACUGUCGACAGCGCGAAGCAACGAGAGUGCUUCAUGCCGGCACCGUCCGGUACCGUGAAGGUGGUGCUGGCGACGAACAUCGCCGAAAGCGGCAUCACCAUCGACGAUGCGGCGGUUGUCAUCGACACGGGCCUUAUCAAGACAACCACCUGGGAAAGUCGCCCCACGGCCGCAUACCAGCAUGUCACCACAGGCACGGGUGGCUCUUCGUCGUCGAGGAGCCCAACCUUCGCGUAUGUCCCGCUGGACAAAGUCGCGGUAAAGUGUGGGUCAGGAGGCGACAGCAGCGGCGACGCCGUUGUCCCCACGCCCGUGUUCUCGACGCAGCUUACUCUGGGCUACGCGAGCCAAGCCAACUGCACCCAGCGCAAGGGCCGUGCCGGGCGGACGCAAGGAGGCGUGUGCUACCGCCUCUUCACAAAGGAGCUGUGGGACUCGCUGCCGGCGUUUCCAGAAGCGGACAUUCACCGCGUACCGCUGAUGCAGGUGCUGUUGAAGCUGCUCUCUCUCGGGCACCCAAAUCCAAAGGAAACGCUGCAGACGUUUCUCGAGCCCCCCUCGAGCACCAAUGUGGACGCGUCCAUGGAGGUGCUUCGCGGCAUUGGUGCUGUCGGAACGGAGGACAGGCUUACCCCGCUGGGGGAGUACCUGGCGUUGCUGCCCUGUGACCCGCGCAUUGGCAAGAUGAUUAUCGUCGGUGCCGUGCUGCGCUGCCUGGAUUCAGUUCUGACGGUGGCUGCGUGCACGGACGUCUGCCCGUAUGCAACGAGCCGCGACGUUGCGGCCGAGGCGCGCAAGAAGCGCUAUCUGCUGUCUUGUGGCUCUCAGAGCGACCACAUCAGCUUCCUGAACGCGUACAACGCGUUCUGUGCCAACGGUGAAAAGGAUGACUUUGCGACGUUUAACUUGCUCCACACGGGAAACCUCGCGCCCUUAGGAGGCAAGGCGCAGUACCGCGACAUCUUGCGUCACGCCGGGCUCAUCAGCCCGCAGGACGAGUUCGGAGGGGACCCUGAAAGAGUCGACGACGCCGAUGCCGUGUCGUGGCCUGAACACGGGCACCUUGGCAAUGAUGGCGGCGCAGUCGAGGAUAUAGCGAUACACUCGGAAGGUGGAAAGGCGGUUGUCAGCGCUGUAGACUCAAGUGCCCAGGGUGCGCCGGUGUCUGAGCCGGCGCCACUUUCCUACCCCGGAACGCUCUGCGUCGAUACGAACGCUCUCUCCCGCCACAGCUUCGAUGUCGCGUUGGUGAAGGCGUGCGUCUGUGCUGCGCUCUUCCCGAACGUGGCACUGCUGCGGCCGCCUUCGAAGGCACUCUCCUCUAUGCAGCGCCUGCGUGCCGCGCGCAAGGUGGAACUACGGACCAAACACUUCACCAGCAUCAAGCCUGCGAAAGAUAGUGUGUGUCGGCGCGUUGACGGGUCCUGCGGCAACGAGGUGCCCGACCGAGAUGAAGUGCUGAGUCAAUUUCGGCGAGACUCGCGUGCGGCCACCGAAGAUUCUGCGACGUCGAGCACGUCUCCGGUCCGGCCGGUCCCGGCGCUCUUUUACGUCUUUCAGGACGUCUUUGGGUUGAGGGAGCCGCGACGGGACUUCCUUACCAGCCUGUCUGCUGUCAGUCUCUGGGCGUUGCUGCUCUUUGGCGCGUCUGAGUCGACGACGGAGUACAAUGCGGAGUUGUCGAUCUGCGUCGUGGACGGCUGGAUCGCGCUGCACAUCGACCGCGCCACCUACGCCCUUGUCACGCAGCUCCGCCAGUCCUUGUUCGAGUGCUUGCGAGGAAAGUACAACAACCCGCAAGACCCUCGACACAACUCCGCACUAGAGACCGUGACGGCGGUGUGCCGGAGACUCCUGAAGGCGCCAGUUCUGGAAAUGGCGGCUGCGACGUCACCGGACACAGCGGGCAGCGCAGCGGCAGGGCGACAGCAGUCUCCAUGGCAGCUAGUCGACAUGGGCUCUAUUGUCGACCCUCUUGUGCACCUUCGGCACGGCGACUUUGGCAAUGGCAGGGCGGCCGCUGUGGCUGGAGAGGAUGCGCUGCUAGACCUAGACGAUAGUGUUGACGGCGAUGAUGACGAUGACGAAGACCUUCCCAACUCCAAUCCUGUCGAUGGACGACGACGAUGA